GAAGUAGGCGGGGUGACGUGGGGUUGACGAGCUCGGCGGCGGGUUUGCUGAGAUCUGUGGCCGGCGGCAGCUGGUGCGGGGGGCUCCCGAGAACGCGAGGUGGAGCGGGGCGGUGUGUGACCGGGGCCAUGACGGGCAAUGCCGGGGAAUGGUGUCUCAUGGAAAGCGACCCCGGGGUCUUCACCGAGCUCAUUAAAGGAUUCGGUUGCCGUGGAGCCCAAGUAGAAGAAAUAUGGAGUUUAGAGCCUGAGAAUUUUGAGAAAUUAAAGCCAGUUCAUGGCUUAAUUUUUCUUUUCAAGUGGCAACCAGGAGAAGAACCAGCAGGCUCUGUUGUUCAGGAUUCCAGACUUGACACGAUAUUUUUUGCGAAGCAGGUAAUUAACAAUGCGUGUGCUACUCAAGCCAUUGUAAGUGUGUUAUUGAACUGUACCCAUCAAGAUGUCCAUUUAGGAGAGACAUUAUCAGAGUUUAAAGAAUUUUCACAAAGUUUUGAUGCAGCUAUGAAGGGUUUGGCGCUGAGCAAUUCGGAUGUGAUUCGACAAGUACACAAUAGUUUUGCCAGACAGCAAAUGUUUGAAUUUGAUGCAAAGACAUCAGCCAAAGAAGAAGAUGCUUUUCACUUUGUCAGUUAUGUUCCUGUUAAUGGAAGAUUGUAUGAAUUAGAUGGAUUAAGAGAAGGACCAAUUGAUUUAGGUGCAUGCAAUCAAGAUGACUGGAUCAGCGCAGUACGGCCAGUCAUAGAAAAAAGAAUACAAAAGUACAGUGAAGGUGAAAUUCGAUUUAACCUAAUGGCCAUUGUGUCUGACAGAAAAAUGAUAUAUGAACAGAAGAUAGCAGAGUUACAAAGACAACUUGCAGAGGAGGAACCUAUGGACACAGAUCAGGGUAGUAAUAUGUUAAGUGCUAUUCAGUCAGAAGUUGCCAAAAAUCAGAUGCUUAUUGAAGAAGAAGUACAAAAGUUAAAAAGAUACAAGAUUGAAAAUAUCAGAAGGAAGCAUAAUUAUCUGCCUUUCAUUAUGGAAUUGUUAAAGACUUUAGCAGAACACCAGCAGUUAAUACCUCUUGUAGAAAAGGCAAAAGAAAAACAGAAUGCAAAGAAAGCUCAGGAAACCAAAUGAAGAGGAUGCUUUGGGAUGUGUACACAUUUCUGCUUCUACACUUAUUUUCAUGGCACCAUUAAGUAUAAGGAACUUUGAAAAACAUCCUAAUUGACUCAAUGCACGUUUGGCAAUAGUACCAGUCUGUCUUGUCUUUAAUGCAUGGAUUAAUAAACUUUUCCCCUACCUGCAUCAUGUGCAUGCAGUGCAUAUUAAAUAAAAGUAAUACUGAGAGUGCUUGCCCAAAUUCCGUUUUUUUGAUAUUGGAUCUGAGAACUCUUAUUGGUAUUCUGGAUUUAUAACUACAGUAAUGAACUUAGAAAAUGCACAAAUGAUAUUCUUUACCUGUAAUUGUUCUAAUUAAUCUUCUGAUUUUUUUUAGCUUAAAUUCUUUUGAUUUUUAAAUGUCAUAUCUUAAUUAUACUGGAUCUUUUAUUCUCAUUUAUGGAAAAAGUCAAUAUUUCUGUCUUUGAUAUGUGUUUUGAGAAUCUUAAAUUUUCCUCUUAUUACCACUUAAUUUGAUUUAAAAACUGAAAAUUUCCUCUUAUACCACUUAUUUGAUUUUAAUGCAGAUCAUUUGAAAAGAGCAAAAGUACAGGGGUUUUUUGCUGCCAGUAGAAAAGGUAAUAAGCAUUGCAAUUUUAUUUUAGCAAACUUUCUUCAAGUGUUGGGGUUAUUUUUUAAAAUAGAAUUAUUAUAGAAAGAUCUGAAUAUUAUGCCUCAAACAAAAUUUCAGGUUAAGAACAAAUUCUUAAAGAGUUUUGGUGUUACUCUCAAUUUGGCAAUCCUUUCAAGUUGUUACAGUGUGUUUUUAUGGAAAAUUUGAAGUUUGACAAUUCAGGUUAUCUGCUUUAAAAAAAGAUGGCAGUGGUGAUAGAGGAUCCUUCUGUGCCAUUUUGAACAAAAUUAGUGUAGCUCAGUUUCCAAGAGCCAUGUAAUGUACAAUUUGCAGUGGAUUUUUUGCAGGGGGAGGGGGAAGUUGUUUUGGUUUUUAUUUUAUAAAAUACUACUGAACUGUAUUCUUGCUUGUAAUUUUCUUUUCCAAGAAAAACUCUAAAGGAAAUUUUAUAAAACUUCUUUUUAUAAAGGAAAUAACCCACUUUUUUCUUUACCAAGCACAUUUUUGAAAUUAAUAUGUGAAUUUUUAACAUUUUAUUAUUUAUUGUAAAAUAAAUUUAACAUAAUUUAUUUUAUUAGGUGAAAUGUGUACCUAUCAUCCAGUUUCAACACAUGAAUUUUUUAUGAUUGUUUUAAAGCUUACUAAUUGUGGUAUUAUUAAAUGACUUAGAACUAAUGCAGGGAGACCUGUAGUAAAAUUGAGUAGAAAAAUUAAUGAAAUAUUUUUCAUAUAUAAUUUCAGUUGAAGGUACUUAAAAUAUGUAGUUUUUCAGUUAUUUGUGGGUAAAUAUAUUUUGCUCUUGAUAUGGUAGUAAUUAUGGAGUGUUUCAAACCUGUGAUACAUUUUUAAAAAAUGGUUUCCUAAGGGAUGUUCUUAGGUUCAUCUCAAUCCAUUCAUUCAUUUCAGUUUAAUUUCUAUAUUUUCUUUAAUUGUGGCUUAAAUUAUCUAAAGAGCAUUGCCAGGAUUAUUGCAAAAAGUAGUAUCAGUAAUCAGAUACAUCAGUGGAAUAAAGGACAGGACCUAAAAAUACUCCUUUUUAUCUGAUCACUGGAUUGUUAAUAAAGGUGUCAAAGCAAUCAAACAGGGAAGGAGAGCCUUCAACAAAUGGAGGCAGGAUAGUGGAGCUGAAUAUCACUCGGAAAAAAAUGAAUCACGAGUCCCCUACCUCACAAAAAUGAAUUUGAGUUGAAUCAUAGACAUAAGGGUAAUAGCUAAAAACUAUAAGCCUUUUUUCCAGAAAACAUUGAUGAAUAUCUUUGUGAUUUGAGAGUAGCCAAAGAUUUCUUGGGUUAUAGAAAGCAUUAACCACAAAAGAUCCAGAAUUAGGGCUCAUCAAAAUUAAAAGACUGUCAUUGAAAGACACCUUUAGUAAGAGUAGCUUGUAGAGAAUGGCAUCUAUAAAAUAACUUUAUAAAUUCAGGUUAAUAGGUAUAAGGAUUUUUUUUUAGAUUUAAUUUCUUAUAAAAGUCCAUGAUAGGAUUUUUCAUAGUUUAAGAAUGGUUUAUCUGCUGCUUCUUUGAUGAUUGCAAAUGCAUUGUGACACUUCAUGGUUUUUUUCUGCUUGUGAAUAAAGACAUAUAACUUGUC